CGGAGAAGGAUCAAUGUUUCAACAUUACAUCACUGAUAGCGAAAUUCAAGUGAUAAAAUGCUGUAAAAAAUCUCAUAUUUUCGGUUCAGUUACGAGAAAAUACUUCGGCAUCGCGGAAGUAUGUGCAAUAGUAAUAGCUAAAAAAAAAUAAUAAAAGUGAGAAAUUAAUUGAAUUGUAGUGUCAUCAUCGUUCGUACGGAUUCACCCAAAAUACAUUAUUGUUGGCAGCGACUUCGACUGAAAAUCCAAUAAAAUGGACGAAUUUUGUGGAUCUGAGUUUUGGAAUACGACUCUCAUAUGGCACUCGGAUGUUCCUGAUUUCACAAUUUGCUUCGAACAGACGAUCUUUACAUGGGUGCCGUGCAUCUUUUUGUGGCUCCUUUUGCCCUUGGAGCUGUUUUAUAUGAAAAAUAGUCCCACGAAAAACAUCCCGUAUAGCUUUUGGAAUGUUAGUAAACUCGUGCUGAGUGCCGCAAUUGUCAUAUUGACAUGCAUCGAUUUAGGUCUCGCAAUCAAAUACAAUGAUGCCGACGAGAGAAUCAUAUUUCCCGUGCACUUUUAUACGCCUAUUAUUAAAAUAGUGACAAUUAUACUAUCGAUGUGUUUAGUGUAUUACAACAAAGUGAAUGGAGUUCGUACAUCGGGAACACUCUUUUUGUUCUGGCUUUUUGUGACAAUAUUUUCCAUUCCGCGUGUCAUCACCGAAUCGCGUCGAUUGGAGCACCGUCAAACCGAGCAAAUCGAAGAUUCGUGGGCCGAAUAUCAGUUUGUGUCGUUUUGCAUCUUUUUUGCUCUCAGUUGUGCCAUUUUCCUGCUAAAUUGUUUCGCGGAUGCCGAGCCACGUGAAUCAAUUUUUGAAAAACAGGAGAAACCAUGCCCAGAGAUGCGAUCCAGUUUCUUGUCGCGCAUUUUGUUCUCAUGGUUUGAUGGUUUGGCAUUAUUGGGUUACAAAAAACCGCUUGAAACGAAGGAUUUGUGGGAUAUGCGGUACGAGGACUCGAGUAGUGUGGUUUCGCCCGCUUUUCAUAAACAUUGGAACAAAUUAAUUGGGAAAGCGAAUGCGAAACCUGUCACAACGACAAAAGCAACGUACUCUAAGGAGAAGGAAUCCGCAGAAAAAGUCGAAUUAAGUGCGGAAAACAAACAAAAAACGAAUGCGUCGAUUUUGAUGCCGUUAAUUAAGGCUUUUGGAGGCACCUUCUUGAUGGGAUCUUCUUUGAAAUUCCUUCAAGAUAUUCUGACGUUCGUUAAUCCGCAACUUUUGUCGUUGUCCAUUACUUUUGUGACGUCUGACGAACCAAUGUGGAAAGGAAUUGCCUAUGCAGUGUCCCUUUUUGUCGUUGCCUCGCUGCAAACUCUCCUUCUUGGCCAGUAUUUCAAUCGCAUGAUGUUGGUAGGUUUGCGUAUCAGAACCGCCCUCAUUGCUGCCAUUUAUCGCAAAUCCCUCGUAAUCUCGAAUGCCGCCCGAAAAGAAUCCACAGUUGGUGAAAUUGUCAAUUUGAUGGCUGUCGAUGCGCAACGUUUCAUGGAUCUAACAACUUAUAUCAACAUGUUGUGGUCCGCGCCGCUCCAAAUAGGACUUGCCCUCUUCUUCUUGUGGCGUAUUUUGGGACCUUCAGUCUUAGCUGGAUUAGGCGUCAUGAUUAUCUUGAUUCCCGUAAAUGGAUUUAUUGCCAACAAAAUUAAAGUUUUGCAAAUUAAGCAGAUGCAGAACAAGGAUGAACGUGUCAAACUCAUGAACGAAGUGCUUAACGGCAUGAAAGUACUUAAGUUGUAUGCCUGGGAGCCCAGUUUCGAGAAGCAAAUCUUGAAUAUUCGUGAGAAGGAAAUUAAAGUACUUAAGCAGGCGGCGUAUCUCAAUGCAGGAACGAGUUUCAUCUGGAGUUGUGCCCCAUUUUUGGUUUCUCUGGUAACUUUCGCGACUUUCGUUAUGGUGGAUGAAAACAACGUACUUACAGCUAGUAUCGCCUUUACAAGUUUGUCACUUUUCAACAUUUUACGUUUCCCAUUGUCUAUGUUACCUAUGCUUAUUUCAAGUUUAGUUCAAACGUCAGUUUCUGUCACGAGAAUUAACAAAUUCAUGAAUGCUGAGGAAUUAGAUCCUGAUAAUGUGCAAACUGAUGAGUCGGAACCUUGUGCUUUGGUGAUUGAGAACGGCACCUUCCAAUGGGACACGGAAGAAACGACAUUGAAGAAUAUCAACAUGAAAGUGGAGAAAAAUCAACUUGUAGCGGUUGUUGGUACCGUUGGCUCCGGCAAAAGUAGUUUACUUUCCGCAUAUCUUGGCGAAAUGGAUCGCAUUUCGGGUCGUGUGAACCGAAAAGGACAAGUUGCCUAUGUGCCUCAACAAGCGUGGAUUCAAAAUGCCAGUUUGCGUGAUAAUAUUUUGUUCUCCAAACCCUUCGACAAGAAACGUUACGAUCGUGUUGUCGAAGCGUGUGCCUUAAAACCCGACUUGGAAAUGUUGCCGGGCGGCGAUCAAACGGAAAUCGGCGAAAAAGGCAUCAAUUUAUCGGGAGGUCAGAAACAACGUAUCAGUUUGGCACGUGCAGUCUACCAAGAUGCUGACAUUUACUUUUUGGACGAUCCGUUGUCGGCUGUCGAUUCGCACGUCGGAAAACACAUUUUCGAACAAGUAAUCGGCCCAAAGGGAAUUCUAUCGGGAAAAACUCGUGUUCUUGUUACGCAUGGCAUCACGUACUUACCGCAAGUUGAUAACAUCUUCGUCAUGCAAAUGGGCGAAAUCACCGAGUCAGGUACUUACAAAGAGCUCCUCGACAAAAAGGGACAAUUUUCCGAGUUUUUGUUGCAACACUUGCAAAAUGCCAACGAAGACGAGGAAGAUUUGGAGCAAAUUAAGCAACAAUUGCAACACGACAUCGGCGACAAGGACUUGAAAGCGAAACUUGAACGUGCAAUUAGCUCCAGCAGAACUCGCAGUGACAGCACGUCGGAAGACAGCAGAAAAUUGUCGAGACAAGAUAGCCAAAAUUCAGUUGAAAAUGGAGUGGUGAAACGGAAAUCAUCGACUCCUGAGAAGAAGGUUGCGGAAGACGACGACGACGAGAAAAAAGACAAAUUAAUUGAAGCUGAAAAAGCAGAAACUGGAAAAGUCAAAUGGGAUGUGUACAAACAUUAUUUGAAGAGUAUCGGAUGGGGCUUGGCACUCGCAACAAUUUUACUUAACGUCAUUUUCCAAGGAUUUUCGAUCGGAUCGAACAUUUGGUUGUCAAAAUGGAGUACAGAUGAACGUGCUAACGAGACAAAAUGGAGAAAUAUUUACUUAGGAGGCUACGGAGCAUUCGGCGUUGGACAAGUUUUAACAACUUUUAUAUCGUCCUUGACGCUUGCUUUGGGCUCUUUAUAUGCGGCAAGAGAAAUGCAUAUUCUUCUACUCGGAAAUAUCCUUCGGUUUCCGAUGAGCAAAUUUGACACGACACCCUUGGGACGCAUCUUGAAUCUUUGCUCAAAGGAUGUCGACGUGUGCGACAAUGUACUUCCCGCUAUCAUUCGGGGGUUCUUAAUGUGUUUCUUUAGUGUUAUCGCGACAGUUACAGUCAUCAGCAUUUCCACCCCGAUCUUCAUGUCGGUCAUUUUGCCCAUCGGAAUCAUUUACUUCUUCGUUCAACGGUUCUACGUUGCGACAUCGAGACAACUUAAACGUUUGGAAUCCGUGUCACGGUCACCCGUUUACUCGCAUUUUGGCGAAAGUAUUACUGGAGUGUCGACAAUUCGGGCCUACAAUGUGCAAGAUAGAUUCAUCAGAGAAUCCGAGAAAAAGGUAGAUUUCAAUCAAAUUUGCUAUUUCCCGAGCAUCAUUGCGAAUCGCUGGUUGGCUAUUCGUCUCGAAAUGGUGGGAAAUUUCAUCAUUUUCUUCGCCGCUCUGUUCGCUGUCUUGGGCAGAGACAGUUCAGAUCCCCUCAGAGCUGGUUUAGUGGGUCUUUCGUUGUCGUACGCCCUGCAAAUCACCCAAACGCUGAACUGGCUCGUGCGAAUGACGUCAGAUGUCGAGACAAAUAUCGUUGCGGUCGAACGUAUCAAGGAAUAUGGCGAAGUAAAGCAAGAAGCUGCAUGGGAAGUAGCAAAUCACAAUGUGCCACGCGAUUGGCCCGAACAUGGUGAAGUCGCUUUCGAUAAUUACGAAGUGCGGUAUCGCGAAGGACUUGAUUUGGUGCUAAAAGGCAUCACGUUUACCGUGAAGGGAGGUGAAAAAGUUGGAAUUGUCGGCAGAACAGGAGCUGGCAAAAGUAGUUUGACACUGUCGUUGUUCCGUAUCAUCGAAGCUGCCGGCGGAAAAAUCAUGAUCGAUGGACAAGACAUUUCCAAAAUGGGAUUGCAUACACUUAGACAACGUUUGACAAUUAUCCCGCAAGAUCCCGUACUAUUCUCCGGUACUUUACGCAUGAACUUGGAUCCGUUCGAACAGAGUUCUGAUGACGAUUUGUGGAGAGCUUUGGAGAAUGCUCAUUUGAAAUCGUUCGUCAAAGGACUUGCUGCUGGUUUGAACCACGAAAUCACCGAAGGCGGCGAAAAUUUGUCUGUCGGUCAACGUCAACUCGUGUGUCUCGCACGUGCCUUACUUCGCAAAACUAAAGUAUUGAUAUUAGAUGAAGCCACAGCCGCCGUCGACUUGGAAACGGACGACUUGAUUCAACGCACCAUCCGUACCGAGUUCAAGGAUUGUACAAUUCUCACGAUUGCCCAUCGUCUCAACACGAUUAUGGACUCGGAUCGCGUCAUUGUGCUCGAUCAAGGAAAAAUGGUCGAAUUUGCCCCACCAGAGGACUUACUUAAGCAUAAGAAAUCCAUUUUCUAUGGCAUGGCAAAGGAUGCUGGACUUGCCAACUAAACCUACUACUUAUGAUAUUUUCUAGUUUUAACGUUUUUUUUUUUUUUUGGUAUAUGGCGAUUUUUUCCCUUUUGCAUCAUCACAAUUGUGUUACUAUUUUGUAUUACCUAUUACAAUGUUAUGAUAUAGUUUUAAUGUUAAGGAAGAGACAGUUACGAGAUCUUCGCCUUUUUUAUGAUUAAUGUAUGUAUUUUAUACACACUGCCUGUUGUAAGAGAAAAAAUUUUGUAAGAAAAUUGUGCCUUAGGGAAAUUUCAGGUAUUAAUUUUUAAGUAAAUUUAGCAAUUUAUACGGCUCUUUAUAAUUUUUACGAACAAAUUUAAUGUUGUUACUAUUAACUUAUUCUUAAUUACAUAAAAAAAAAUUAUUAACACCAAUAAAAUAAAUUUG